GGUAGGUGCUUACCUACCUACAGUAGGUAGCUUCUAAGCUACGACUUGCUGUACCCUAGGUUCACAUCUGAUAUUGCCUCCCAUUUAGCAUCCCGCACGCGUCAAUCGUUUCACUGCCCGUUCUCGUCACUCCAGUCGCCGGUGCCCAUCAUCUAGAUACGGUCACUGUAUUGCACAGACAAUAGCCACUUCUCGAACUUCCGCGUGUAAGCAGUUAAAAUGUCAGCUCAGAACUCCGCGGGUAUCCAGACCUUGCUUGAUGCAGAGAGGGAAGCCUCUAAGAUCGUCCAGAAAGCUCGCGAACUACGAACGAAACGUGUACGUGAGGCGCGAGAUGAGGCCAAGAAAGAGAUAGACGCCUACCGUAAGGCAAAGGAAGAAGAAUUCAAGAAGUUCGAAGCCGAGCAUACGAAAGGCAACAAGGAAGCUGAGGACGAGGCCAACAAAGAGGCUGACGAGAAGAUUAAGGAGAUCCAGACUUCCGGCAAGAAGAAUCAGAAUGCGGUGGUCACAGAUCUGCUGAAAGGUGUUCUGGAGGUUAAGCCUGUUCCUCCUUCUGCGGCAUAGUUCCUCUAAUGACUACACCGUUACCACUGUGCUACGAUGAACUUCGAGGAGAAAGCCUAUGGUACAUCCACACACUACCUGAGAAGUCUUUGAUUUCCGAAUAGCUUUGACCGGUUGUUUGAAAAUACGUUGGCGAACUGACAUCCUCGUAGCUACAUGUGGAUAGCAUGACUAAAUUAAUUAGAUUGCGGCUGGUUUGAAAUUAGGCA